AUGGCCCCGCGGUGGCUCUUCCUCGCCGUGGCCGGACUGCUGACGGCAGGCCUCUCAGGUCACCCGUCGCCAGCCCCCUCCGGCCCGCCCAGCCGCAGCCGAGCCGAGAGCCAGCCCCCGGAGCCAGGGCCACGGCUGGAGGUCCGCCUGGUGGACGGGAGCAGCCGCUGCAGCGGGGCCGUGCAGGUGUGGGCAGGGGCGUCCUGGGAGGCCCCGUGCGGGCUGCACUGGGACCGCAGCGCCUCCGAGGCCGCGUGCCGCGCGCUGGGCUGCGGCGGGGCAGGGCGGGGGCCGGCCCAGCCCACCCUGCUGCCCCUGGGCCGCGCCCCGGGGAACGCCAGCGGGACCCCGGACGCCAGCGGGACCCCGAACGCCACAUGGGUCCUGGCGCCCGCGGUCCAGUGCAGCAGCAGCGAGUGGCGGCUCUGCCGGGUGGAGCAGCACCUGUGCCCCCAGGACGGGCCGCCCGCCCAGGUCACCUGUGCAGAGCCCCGCGACCUGCGGCUGGCGGACGGCGGCAGCCGGUGCGCGGGCCGCGUGGAGAUGCUGGAGCGCGGGCAGUGGGGGUCCCUGUGCGACGACACGUGGGGCCUGGAGGACGCCCACGUGGUGUGCGGGCAGCUGAGCUGUGGCUGGGCCGUCCGGGCCGUUCCGGGCCUGCACUUCGCCGCCGGCCGGGGGCCCAUCCACCGGGACCAGGUGAACUGCUCAGGCACCGAGGCCUACCUGUGGGACUGCCCGGGGCGGCCCGGAGAGGGCUACUGCGGGCACAAGGAGGACGCCGGCGUGGUGUGCUCAGAGCACCAGACCCUGCGCCUGACCGGGGGCGUGGACGGCUGCGAGGGGCAGGUGGAGGUGCACUACCAAGGGGUCUGGAGCACGGUGUGCGACAGCGAGUGGUACCGGUCGGAGGCCCGGGUGCUCUGCCGGGCCCUGGGCUGCGGCACCGUGGCCCACAUACCCCGGGGGCCGCCCCACGCCCUGCCCGGCCGGAUGUACUACUCCUGCCAGGGGAACGAGGCCGCGCUCUCCGACUGUCGGUGGCGGUUCAACAACUCCAACCUGUGCAGCCAGUCCAAGGCAGCCAGGGUCGUGUGCUCAGGUUCCCAGAAGCUGCUCAAUGGGUCCACGUCUGACCUUCCCACCAGCGCACCGCCGUCCACCGAAGAGCCGGCGGGGCCGGUGCCUGCAGAGGACUGGACGCCCCGGGAGCUGGCGCUGCUCGUGCCCUGCGCCGUCCUGGGGGCCCUCCUGCUGGGCGCGCUCGUCGGCAUCUGCGUGCUCCUCCUGCGGGUGAAAGGGAAAUACGCCCUCCCUGCUGCCAUGACGCCCCAACACCGGCCCGCCGCCCCGGCAGGGGCCAAUAGCUACCAGGAGGUCCCCAAAGAAGAAGCUCCCAAGCUGCCCAUCCAGGCCCCGGCCCCGCCCCCCGCGGACUCGGACUCCGGCUCCGACUCAGACUAUGAGCACUAUGACUUCAGCGCCCAGCCCCCCGUGGCCCUGACCACCUUCUACAAUUCCCAGCGGUACCGGGUCACGGAGGAGGAGGCCCAGCAGAGCCGGUUCCGGAUGCCCCCCGUGGAGGAAGGCCCCCUGCCGACCCGGACCCUCAUUGCAGACCCCCCCAGCCUGGGCCCCCAGCGGUGCCCCCGGAGCAGCAGCGGGUCCAGCACGUCGUCCGGGGAGGGCUACUGCAACAGCCCCAGCAGCCGGCCGCCCCCGUGGGGCCCCCUCCCCGAGCAGCCCCCUCGCCUGGAGCUGGCUGGCUCCCAGGGGACCUUCUCAGGGUCCGCCAGCCCGCGGCCUGCAUCCACCGACAAUGAGGACUACGAUGACAUCGGGGCCGCCUAG